CGAGAGUCAGUUCAACCACAGCCACCCGCGUGCGCCCGCGGAAAGCGGAUGGCCUACUCUCGUCCGGCAGCGCACUGGUUUCCUGGGUUACCGGCCUCAGCGCUCCUCCCGCUUUCUUUUCCGGGAGGCGACAAUCUGACGCUCUCAGCGCGUGACGCAACACGCUUUGAUAUAAAUACAGACCGCGCGGCCGUAGCUUCCUCUCUGCUCUCGCGGCCGACUCGCAAGAUGGCGCCGCAGAAAGACAGGAAGCCCAAGAGGUCAACCUGGAGGUUUAAUUUGGACCUUACUCAUCCAGUAGAAGAUGGAAUUUUUGAUUCUGGAAAUUUUGAGCAAUUUCUACGGGAGAAGGUUAAAGUCAAUGGCAAAACUGGAAAUCUCGGGAAUGUUGUUCACAUUGAACGCUUCAAGAAUAAAAUCACAGUUGUUUCUGAGAAACAGUUCUCUAAAAGGUAUUUGAAAUACCUUACCAAGAAAUACCUUAAGAAGAACAAUCUUCGUGAUUGGCUUCGAGUGGUUGCAUCUGACAAGGAGACCUACGAACUUCGUUACUUCCAGAUUAGUCAAGAUGAAGAUGAAUCAGAGUCGGAGGACUAGGCAAAGGCUCCCCUUACAGGGCUUUGCUUAUUAAUAAAAUAAAUGAAGUAUACAUGAGAAAUACCAAGAAAUUGGCUUUUAGUUUAUCAGUGAAUAAAAAAUAUUAUACUCUUGAA